AACAAAGAAUUCGUGAGGAAGAAACUAGACUUCAAAAAGAAGUAGAUGACAUUCAAAAAGAAAAAGUCCGCGAUUUAAGAAUUACCGAGCGGAAUUUCGAGCGGCAAGUUCAAGAGUUAAAAUCUAAAAAUCAGCAAAAACUCCAAGAUACGCGCCAAGAAUUCGAGGAGGUUCAUCAAUCACAAUUAAGAAAGUCGCAAGAGGCUCAUAAUAAAAAUCUUAAUGAAAGAAUUGACAACUAUACUACUCAUGAAGAAGCGUUAAAGAAGGAAUUGGUGCUAAAAGAACAAAAAAUUCGUGAGGAAGAAACUAAACUUCAAAAAGAAGUAGAUGACAUUCAAAAAGAAAAAGUCCGCGAUUUAAGAAUUACCGAGCGGAAUUUCGAGCGGCAAGUUCAAGAUACAGUAGUAGAAAUAAACCGAACCAUCGAAAACAAUUUAGCCCAAAUAAGGAAUAGUUGUAAUAAUGUUCGAGUUGGUAAACCAGUUUGUUCUCGCGGUCAUGAUAGUAAUAUCCAAUCUUACGAUGAAUCGGGCUACCUUAUUCCUAGUGAUAGAACCGGUUUUAUCGGGCACAUUUACUGCCCGACUUGUGGAACAAAUGAUUAUAAUUAUAAUUUACGCAAUGCUCGGACUUUAACUUUGGAAGAAUGA